AUCCCACCAACCACAGCACAAGUUGGGACAAAUUUAACUGGGAAAAUGUCUCAACCAGAAUCGGUUCACCGUCAACGUUACUGCUAGCUCCAACACCAUGUUUUGAGGCUUUGCAGCCAAACGAGAACAAAAAGAAAAAAGAACAGGGCGGGGAGAGCAAGUGCACACUACAACAGAAGCUAAAAAGAGGAGAUCAUUUUGACACAUUUGUUUCUUCAACUCAUUCGGUAAGAUCUCGAUUCUCUAAACCCAAAGUUCGAGCUCAGCCCUUCAUCAAAGGGCUCAAUUUUGGUUAUUUGUCAUCCCUGCAAAGGAAAGCUUCCAAUCAUCUUAGAGGAAACAGAAGCAGUAACGGUUUCUUGCUUGCUGGGUUUCCGACUUUCCGUUCCAUGUGCAAAACUCGCGUAUUCAAGCCAUGUCAGGUCUUUGAACUGGAAUGCUAGAGAGAGUUGUUUAGAAGUAUUUACAAGAUACCUACUUAUUUUCCACAGUGGUCCCUGCUUUCCUCUGUUUCAGUACAGAGCGACAUUUGACUAAUACUAGGCUCAUAAUCUCGAAACCAUGUUGCCCCAGAAACAAGCCGAAGAAUCCAUGAUGUCAAGCCUUAAUCAGACGAUUGAGCGCGAAGAAGGAGAGGGAGAGGAGGAGGAUAGUUCAGCUUUCAGCCUCAAAAGUCUUAUCUGGCAUGGUGGGUCAGUCUACGAUGCUUGGUUCAGCUGUGCAUCAAAUCAGGUUGCCCAGGUUCUGUUAACUCUGCCAUAUUCUUUCUCUCAACUGGGAAUGCUUUCAGGCAUCAUACUUCAAGUCUUUUAUGGCCUUCUAGGCAGCUGGACUGCUUAUGUAAUCAGCAUUCUGUAUAUCGAGUACAGAAGCCGAAAGGAGAAAAAGAACGUCAGCUUCCAAAACCAUGUCAUUCAGUGGUUCGAGGUGUUGGAUGGUUUACUGGGUCCAUACUGGAAGGCAAUAGGAUUGGCCUUCAACUGUACUUUUCUUCUGUUUGGAUCUGUUAUCCAGCUUAUAGCCUGUGCAAGCAACAUAUACUACAUAAAUGACAGACUGGACAAGAGGACAUGGACUUACAUAUUUGGAGCAUGCUGCGCCACCACGGUGUUCAUACCUUCAUUCCACAAUUACAGGAUUUGGUCCUUCCUAGGGCUGGGCAUGACCACCUACACCGCCUGGUAUUUGACCAUCGCGGCUAUUGUUCAUGGCCAGGCCCAACAUGUGACGCACUCCGGCCCAACCAAGUUGGUUUUGUAUUUCACGGGCGCCACCAACAUUCUCUAUACUUUCGGCGGGCACGCCGUCACCGUGGAAAUCAUGCACGCUAUGUGGAAGCCUCAGAAAUUCAAAUACGUGUAUCUCUUUGCGACUCUGUACGUGUUUACCCUGACGCUGCCAUCUGCAGCAGCCGUGUACUGGGCCUUCGGUGACAAGCUUCUCGACCACUCCAACGCCUUCUCCCUCCUCCCCCGCUCCCCUUGGCGUGACGCCGCCAUCAUUCUCAUGCUCGUUCACCAGUUCAUCACGUUCGGGUUUGCUUGCACCCCGUUGUACUUCGUGUGGGAGAAAGUGAUAGGAAUGCACGACACGAAGAGCAUUUGUGUGAGAGCCCUGGCUCGCUUGCCCGUGGUGAUACCGAUUUGGUUUUUGGCUAUCAUUUUCCCUUUCUUCGGCCCCAUAAACUCGGCGGUCGGAGCUCUUCUGGUCAGCUUCACCGUGUACAUCAUCCCUGCUUUGGCCCACAUGCUCACUUACAGGUCCCCGUCGGCACGACAGAGAGCGGCAGAGAAAUUGCCGGCGUUCGUCCCGAGCUGGACUGUGAUGUACGCAGUGAAUGCAUUUGUGGUGGUGUGGGUGCUGGUGGUGGGCUUUGGGUUCGGAGGGUGGGCUAGCAUGGCCAAUUUUAUCAAGCAGGUUGACAACUUUGGUCUAUUCGCCAAGUGCUAUCAGUGUCCCUCCAACCGCACUUCUCUUCACUGAUGCGUCGCUCUCGCCCAUUACUCUUGUGUGCUCUGUUCUUUUCCCUUUACUCUUUUUGGUUAAUCCUGGGGUAUAUACAUACUUUUCUGUCUUCAAUGCUCUUGUUUCCUUGUACUCUUAAUUUUUGCAUUCGAUGACUUGAACACACAACCAGAUUGCCGUGCUGAGGGAGAUGUUCCCAUCAUCAUUCCACUUGAAGACGCAAUCAAUAAGCUUCAUUUGUUGCUUAUUCAGUUCUAUUUUAUGUUUCUCUGGGAGUUGGACCGCAUGCAGUGCAUGUUUCUAAAAUUCAUGAAUUGCAAAGGUAUAGUGAUGAUUAAUGAUUAUGAAUCUAUAAUUAUAGAGGGUCUGCAUGUGAAUAGAAUGGCGGAUCGUUAGAACAGAAACUCCGUAAAUCGCGAUAUACGGCAAUUGAAAAGGAGGAUUUACAAAAGCACAAACUGGAGUGAAGUAAAAGUGAUGAUGGGUAUUCCUCGGUAUCUCCAGGACCUGCGAUGAAAUAAAGAUAAUGGAGAUAUCGCUAAAAUUUCUUGCAAAACAGCACCAACGUAGUCGCCUUUAUUUUGGGGUGGUUUUAGUAGAAUUUGGAAAAUUGAAGAACACUUGUUUAGUUGAGAGUCGAAAUUUUCAUUGCAAGGCUCAGCUGUGGCGGAAGUCAAAUGGGCGUGCCUACUUUUCAGGUCUCAAAUGAAGGAAGAGUAAACACAGUCACGUCGCCUCCUUCUGUGUUGUUUAAAUUAUAAAGAUUUCCUUCCUAUUUUCAAAACUUAUAUUUUAGUUCAAUUAUUAA